GUAUGGUGAUAAAAUUCAUAAUCAAUUGAAGCGUUUGGGUGGUUCAUAUGAUUGGGAUCGCUCCGUUUUUACUAUGGAUGAAAAAUUAUCCAAUGCAGUUACGGAAACUUUUUGUCGUUUACAAGACGAAGGUGUAAUUUAUAGAGCGACUAGGUUGAUUAAUUGGUGUGUUAGGUUGAACACAGCUUUGUCAAAUCUUGAAGUUGAGAAUAAGGAAUUAACGGGAAGUACACUGAUAACAGUGCCUGGGUAUGAAGAAAAAGUGGAAUUUGGUGUACUGACGUCAUUUGGAUACCCUAUUGAAAAUUCUGACGAAAAAAUAAUUGUUGCAACAACUCGACCAGAAACGAUGUUGGGUGAUACUGCA